GCGUCGUGCCAGCAUCAGUGACAUCAGCAUCCUCACUGUCUUGCCUCCCUCACGAGACCAAUUUUUGGAGUAAUUGGCACAACUUUGCACGUACUUCACUCAUACUUGGGUUUUGGUCCUUCCGGUCUCAUCACAGCACCACAGCAAUUUCAGCUCCUUUUUCCCCGACUACAAUCACAUUGAUCGCAACCAUGGCGCCUGCGCUCAGCGCCUUCGAGGCCCGGCGGCAGGCCAAUGUCGCCAACAACACCAAGCUGCUCAAGGAGACGGCAGAGAUUGGUGCCAAGAUGAAGAGAGCUGCCGCCCCGCCGCCAAGAGUCUCCGCGCCCAAGAGGCGCAAAGUCGCUGCGGAACCGACACCCAAGACUCGCGUGAUGCCAACUCGACAGAGCCGGCGGCUGGCUGGCGGGGACGCCAGUGAGGGCAUCAAGGUGGAAGACAUUCCCCUAGAGAUCAAGGACCGCGAGCCGAAGCGCACCCGCAUUGGCGGCGACAUGAACCUGGCGUCUCUCCAGGUCGACGGCAACAGGUGGUCUGACAGCGAUGCACUCGCGAGCUUCAGGCAGGGCGCGCAGCCGGGUGUACGGACGUUCAACAAUGAUGACAUCAAGGAGGAGGACUCCGAUGAGAAACUCGCCAGCUUGAGAAAAGACAUGAGCGAGCUCAACAUCUAUGAAGGCUGGUUGCCAAAUGACAUCAAAAUCACACCGGAGCGCGUGUAUGCUUUGACGUUCCAUCCCAUACAAGAGAAGCCACUCGUGCUUGCAGGAGACAAAAAGGGCACCCUGGGAAUUUUUGAUGCUUCACAACCACCACCAGAGUACGACGAGGAUGACGAGGACGCCAAGAUUCCACUUCCAAAGGUGGCCGCGUUUGAGCUGCAUACGAGAACAAUCUCAUCCAUCAAGGCUCCCAUGUUUGAUCAGAACUCCGUUUUCACCAGCUCAUACGACUCAUCGAUCCGAUGUCUCGACCUGCCGACACAAGUCAGCAGUCAGCUGUGGCAGCCCGACGAUGAUGGCACAGACCUAGGCAUAAGCUGUAUUGACGUCUCAGCGGAGGCUAAGGAUCUAAUACUCUUCUCGACACUAGAUGGGUCUGUCGGAAGAAUAGAUCGAAGAGCCAAGGGGACGACGGACAUUUGGGGAUUGACGGACAACAAGAUUGGCGGGUUCUCCAUGCACCCACUGGAGCCGCACCUGCUUGCCACAGCUUCACUUGACCGCACAUUGAAAAUUUGGGAUCUCCGUAUGAUCAAGGGCAAGGGCGAGAAUGCCCACCCAACUCUUCUCGGCGAGCACACUUCCAGAUUAUCCGUGUCGCACGCGUCGUGGAGCCGAGGCGGCAAGCUUGCCACCUCGUCAUACGACGACACAGUAAAGAUCUAUGACCUGAGCGAAUCGUCAAAGUGGAAAGCCGGCCACCAGAUUUCCGAGAGCGCCAUGACGCCAGAACACUCCAUCCGCCACAAUAACCAGACGGGUCGCUGGGUCACGAUAUUGAAGCCGCAGUGGCAGAUCAACCCGGCCGACGGCGUCGAGAAGUUUGCGAUUGCCAACAUGAACCGCUUUGUGGACAUUUUCGACAGCAACGGGAAGCAGCUCGCGCAGCUGGAGGGAGAAGGUAUCACGGCCGUCCCGGCCGUGGCCGAGUUCCACCCACGGCAUAACUGGGUCGCUGGCGGCACGGGAAGUGGCAAGCUGUGUCUUUGGAUGUAGAUUGAUUUGAGGAUCUUGGCUCACUUCAGCGUUGGAGUUCUGGUAUAGAUGUUUUGAUGACAAAACGCACACUUGAGUACUUAGAAAGAACCAUUGUUCCUAAGGUUAGAUGAUGAAAAACUCCGAUGUCCACG